AUGCUCAACCAUCCAGCUCCCAAUAAGGAACCAGCUCGCGUCGUUCAGGAACUGGCAGAGUAUGAGAACGUGGCAGAGCAUGUGAAGUUGACCCAGAAAGACUUGGAGCAAAAUGGCUUUACCAAUAACCCGUUCUUUCAUGUCAUCAUCGCUGAGGUGCCAGAGCAGCACAGAACAAAAGAAGGACAGAGGAAGAUCGGCUUUGCACUUUACUUCUAUUCCUACAGCUCGUUUGUAGGCAGAGCCAUUUAUAUGGAGGACCUGUAUGUGAUGCCUGAGUUCAGAGGGAAGGGUGUUGGUAAAGCACUAAUGAGCAAGGUGGCACAGCUGGGUCUGGCUGCUGGUUGCCACCAGCUCGACUUCACCGUCCUGAACCGGAACAAACCAUCGAUGGACUUUUACUUCAGCCAGGGCUGCUUCGAUGUUACUGCUACCAUAGGCUACCACUGCAUGCGCUGCAAGGGGGAGGCGUUGAAGCAGCUGGCUCAACUUUAA